AUGGGGGCCGUGUAUUUGGCGACAAAAGACGCGGGAAAGACCGCGGGCGAGGUGGACGCCGACAUCGACGACGACGGUGAAAUCGAAGCCUUCAUCCCCAACACCUUUGGGAAGCAAAGCGAUAUUUACGGUGCUCAGCUCGGAAAUAGGAAGUUUGAUGCCAGUUAUUUGGCCCAGAUUGCCAAGGGGCAGACGGUCGGUUUGGGCUCUGUGGACAAGGCCUUGGCGGACCCGCAACUCAAGACCUUUGUGGGGAAAUAUGCCGGGAAUAACAACGCCUUUCUGAAGGACUUGAACGAAUGCUACCUGAAACUGACAACGUUGGGGUACCAAGGGACCAAGAGGAACGAUUAG